AUGCCGCCUAUGCCAGCGAACCGUGGUCCCCAGGGCCCCUCUACCGUCGACAAGCUAAAGAUGGGAGCCAUGAUGGGCGGCACCGUUGGUGUUAUUAUUGGCUUCAUCUUCGGGACUGUCAACAUCUUCAGAUACGGCCCUGGUCCGAAUGGUAUAUUCCGAACCCUUGGUCAGUAUAUGCUAGGAUCUGGCGCUACAUUCGGCUUUUUCAUGUCCAUCGGAAGCGUUAUAAGAACAGACGCAUCGCCUAUAGCCGUUGAAGCGUUUGCGCGAGCUCAACGGCGGCCUUUCAUUAUGCCCCCAAGGCCGUACACCUAUCGAUCACGGAAUCAAUAA